AUGUCAUCGCAACUCUUUCCAGAUGGCGGAUGGGAUGUCCAUCACCAUAUUUUCGAACCCGAGCGCUUCCCCUACGACCCAAAUCGUCAUCUCACCCCGCCUCCAGCCUCGAUCAAAAAGUACAACGAGUUCAAGCAAAAAACUGGCAUCACCCAUUCAGUCCUAACCCACGGUCUCUCCUAUGGCGCAGACAGCAGCUGUCUCACCACUUUCACCGCAGACCUCGGCCGAGAUGUCACAAAGGGAAUUGCAGUGAUCGACCCGGAGACCGUCACACCCGCCGAACUUGCAGAAAUGCAUGCCAACGGCAUUCGCGGGAUCAGAGUCAAUUUAUACCGAUAUGGCGCAAUGCACGACGUCGAGCUGCAAAAGGUCGCGUUGAAGGCUCAUGCUCGCGCACUCGACGGGAAUUGUACGGGGUGGAGUAUGGCGUUUACGCAUACACGUCCGGAAUUCUGGAGCGCGUUGAAGCCGAUUAUUGAACAGGAAAUUACACCAAAAGGGAUUCGGCUUGUCACCGAUCAUUUUGCCUUGUUGAAGGGAGCGAGUAUGUUACCCGCUGAAUGCGAAGGUGAUCUUACGCGCCAGCAAGGGUUCCACGAUAUUUUGGAUCUCGUUCGGGCGGGUCAUAUCUUUGUGAAGAUCAGUGCACCUUAUCGGGUUAGCACCCAGGCUCCUGAUUUUGACGAUUUGAAGCCGCUUGUCAGGGCGUUGUUUGACGCGAAUCCACAACAGCUGUUGUGGGGAAGUGACUGGCCUCACACACCCUUGAUGAAGGUGCGCACAAGGGAGGAAGCAUUGACAGAGACUCUAUAUUUGGAAGUCGAUGAUGUCGCCUGGCUGAAAAGCCUGCGCUCGUGGUUGUCAGAUCAUGAGUGGAAGACGCUGAUGGUGGAUAACCCCCGGAGGUUGUACGAUUGGUAA